AUGUCUACGAAUUCCUUCGAACAUACCCUCUCCGCCGCCAGCACACCUUCGCCGGCCGCCGGUAACACUCUUGCUGGUGCACAUCAUUAUGUCACCAUGAAAUUAACAUCCAAAAAAUUUUUGUUCUGGAGGAUGCAGCUUCUACCGUUUCUCCGAGGCCAAGAGCUCACCGGCUUCGUUGAUGGAAGCCACCCCUGCCCGUCGGAGAUGAUCACUGCCGACUCGUCGACUGGCAGUUCCUCGACGACUACCACGUCGGCAGCACUAGUCCAGAACCCGGCGUAUCAUGCCUGGGUGAAGCAAGACCAGACGAUCGUCUCGUUGCUCAUCUCCUCGAUGUCGGACGAGGUGUUGCACCUCGCUCUCGGACGGAAUACCUCCGCCGACAUCUGGGCGUCCGUCUCCUCCGCGCUCGGUUCCACUAGUCGGACACGAUGUUUAAAUCUCCUUGGGCAGUUCCAGCUCCUCCGGCAAGGCAACUCCACGAUCGCAAAUUAUCUUGGGCGAGCCGGUGUGCUCGUCGAGUCCUUGAUCCAGGCCGGCCGGCCAUUGUCGCUCAUGGAGCAAAACCUGUACGUAAUCCGUGGUCUCCGUCCAGAGCUGAAGUCCCUGGCUACCAGCCUCACCGCAACCGGCACUCCGGUCACGGUGGCGGAUGGUGCGACGUCUCACACGGCGCUGUAUGCCGGGACUGGACGUGGAUCGCAUGGCGGGGGAGGACGAAAUUCACCGAAUCAGCAGCGUGGUGGUGGUCGUGGAAAUCGCGACGGACAGCAACGUGGUGGACGUGGUGGACCUCGCUGCCAAAUCUGCAGAUCACAUGGCCACUUCGCCAUCUAUUGA